GUGACGGCUAAGGCCCACACCGACAUGGUGGACCAAAUCAUCAGAAAGCUGAUCUUUGCUGAAGAUGCUGCAGUGACAGCCCUGCAGCUAAUAAUUUCCUGCUUGGCAGAGGCUGCUGAGCUUUAUGGAUUAGAAGAGCCUGAAGAAGACACAAGUCCUCAACCUCAUGAAGAUUACCAUCAUCCCCACAUCACCAGUGGUAAAUCAGAACCAGUGGUAAAUCAAACAGUCCUUGGGUUCAGCUACCUUGCGUGCAUCUUCUCUUCAGAUAUGAAGAUUGACAGAGACAGAUUGCAGACUGGCAAAUUCAAACAGAGCAAUUGGCAGACUGUAUAA